CCUUAACCCCCCCCCUAUAGUCCUGCGAACCUGGGGGCUUUGAGAUCUGGGCGCUAUGAAAAGUGUCUGCCCAGUCACUUCCGGUUUUUCUUCCCCCAAUCCCUCAGCUGCUGCUGCUGCACAGGAGGUCAGAUCUGCCACUGAUGGUAAUACCAGCACUACUCCGCCCACCUCUGCCAAGAAGAGAAAGUUAAACAGCAGCAGCAGCAGUAGCAGCACCAGCAGCAGUAGCAGCACUAAUAGUAGUAACGAGAGAGAAGACUUUGAUUGCUCCUCUUCCUUCUCAUCCAUUCCUCCCUUACAACCCAGGGAUUCAGCAUCCCCUUCAACCUCCUCCUUCUGCCUAGGUGUUUCAGUGGCUUCUUCUAGCCACAUACCAAUACAGAAGAAGCUACGUUUUGAAGACACCCUGGAGUUUGUAGGGUUUGAUGCGAAGAUGGCUGAGGAAUCCUCCUCCUCCUCCUCCUCAUCUUCACCAACUGCUGCUACAUCUCAGCAGCAGCAACUUAAAAAUAAGAGUAUAUUAAUUUCUUCUAUGACUUCGGUGCAUCAUGCAAACGGCCUAGCCAAAUCUUCUACCACCGUCUCUAGUUUUGCUAACAGCAAGCCUGGCUCUGCUAAGAAGUUAGUGAUCAAGAACUUUAAAGAUAAGCCUAAAUUACCAGAAAACUACACAGAUGAAACAUGGCAGAAACUGAAAGAAGCGGUAGAAGCUAUUCAGAAUAGUACUUCGAUUAAGUACAAUUUAGAAGAACUCUAUCAGGCUGUAGAAAAUCUUUGUUCUUACAAGAUUUCUGCAAAUUUGUAUAAACAGCUGAGGCAGAUUUGUGAAGAUCACAUCAAAGCGCAGAUUCAUCAGUUCAGAGAUAUGGAUUCAUUGGAUAGUGUUCUUUUUCUAAAGAAGAUUGACAGAUGCUGGCAAAACCACUGUAGGCAAAUGAUAAUGAUUAGAAGCAUUUUUUUGUUUCUGGAUAGAACUUAUGUUCUUCAGAAUUCAAUGCUACCUUCCAUUUGGGACAUGGGACUAGAAUUAUUUAGGGCUCAUAUUAUAAGUGAUCAAAAAGUCCAGAAUAAGACAAUUGAUGGCAUUCUUCUCUUGAUUGAGAGGGAGAGGAAUGGUGAAGCAAUUGAUAGAAGUUUACUCCGAAGCCUUUUAAGUAUGCUUUCUGAUUUGCAAAUUUAUCAAGAUUCUUUUGAACAGCGAUUUUUGGAAGAAACUAACAGGCUCUAUGCAGCUGAAGGCCAAAAGUUAAUGCAAGAAAGAGAGGUUCCUGAAUAUCUUCAUCAUGUUAACAAACGUCUAGAAGAAGAAGCAGACAGACUUAUUACUUACUUAGAUCAGACCACCCAGAAAUCAUUAAUUGCUACUGUUGAAAAGCAACUUCUAGGUGAACACUUAACAGCAAUUCUUCAGAAAGGUUUAAAUAACCUCCUUGAUGAAAACCGAAUUCAAGAUUUAUCUCUCCUGUAUCAGCUCUUUAGCCGAGUUCGAGGUGGAGUUCAGGUUCUCUUGCAACAGUGGAUUGAAUACAUCAAGGCCUUUGGGAGUACUAUUGUUAUUAAUCCUGAAAAAGAUAAAACCAUGGUUCAAGAAUUGCUGGAUUUUAAAGAUAAAGUUGACCAUAUAAUUGAUAUCUGCUUUCUGAAGAAUGAAAAAUUUAUCAAUGCCAUGAAAGAGGCAUUUGAAACAUUCAUUAACAAAAGACCAAAUAAACCUGCUGAACUUAUAGCUAAGUAUGUGGACUCAAAGCUUCGUGCAGGAAAUAAGGAAGCUACAGAUGAAGAACUUGAGAAAAUGUUGGAUAAAAUCAUGAUCAUAUUUAGAUUUAUCUAUGGCAAGGAUGUUUUUGAGGCCUUCUAUAAGAAAGAUUUAGCCAAACGCCUGUUAGUUGGGAAGAGUGCAUCUGUAGAUGCUGAAAAAUCAAUGCUGUCCAAACUUAAGCAUGAAUGUGGAGCUGCUUUCACCAGCAAACUUGAAGGAAUGUUUAAAGACAUGGAACUUUCUAAAGACAUCAUGAUUCAGUUCAAACAGGUAAAAUAUAUGCAGAAUCAGAAUGUUCCUGGGAAUAUUGAAUUAACUGUGAAUAUCCUGACAAUGGGUUAUUGGCCAACAUAUGUGCCUAUGGAAGUCCAUUUGCCACCAGAGAUGGUAAAACUACAGGAAAUUUUCAAGACAUUUUACCUAGGUAAACACAGUGGCAGGAAACUCCAGUGGCAAUCAACCCUUGGACACUGUGUGCUAAAAGCAGAAUUUAAAGAGGGUAAAAAAGAACUCCAAGUGUCUCUUUUUCAAACACUGGUGCUGCUAAUGUUCAAUGAGGGGGAGGAGUUCAGUUUAGAAGAGAUCAAGCAGGCUACUGGAAUAGAGGAUGGAGAGUUAAGGAGAACACUGCAAUCAUUAGCUUGUGGCAAAGCUAGAGUCUUGGCAAAAAAUCCAAAGGGCAAAGACAUUGAAGAUGGUGACAAGUUCAUUUGUAAUGAUGAUUUCAAACACAAACUUUUCAGGAUAAAGAUCAAUCAAAUCCAGAUGAAAGAAACGGUUGAAGAACAAGCAAGUACUACAGAAAGAGUAUUUCAAGAUAGACAAUAUCAAAUUGAUGCUGCAAUUGUUCGAAUUAUGAAGAUGAGAAAGACACUUAGCCAUAAUCUUCUUGUUUCAGAAGUAUAUAACCAGUUAAAAUUUCCAGUAAAGCCUGCUGAUCUAAAGAAGAGAAUAGAAUCUUUAAUUGAUCGGGACUACAUGGAAAGAGAUAAAGAAAAUCCAAAUCAGUACAACUAUAUUGCUUAGAAUGUUGGCCUUGAAGCAUUUGUUGUCAUGCUGUAGCCAAUGGAUAAACUAAUUUGUUGAUCCUAUAUUAUUUGACUUCUUUUAUACUAUGGAUGACCAAAAUGAAGCAAUGUUAAUGGAAAUAAUUGAGUGGACUUUCUCUCAGUGGUUAACAUGCCCAUUUUAAAGAGUAAUACUUUAAAAGAAUGUUGUUGAACUCUUUGCAUGUUAUUUAGUAUGAUGUGAAGAAGUCUCUUAAGAAAAGUUCUUGGUCUUUAUGAUUCCUCUUUGGAACUGGGGAAGAGAUCCCUGUGGCUAUUAAGUUGUGUUUGGGGGGGGGGUUCUUAUACACCAAUAACUAUGAAGCAAAAGGUUUAUUUGCUUAAUAUGUCAUUUAAAGAUACUUAAACUGCAUGCAAACUUUAUUUACUGUACAGAAUUCUGGAUGUAUUUAUCAAAUAGAAAAACCACCCUGGACUUGAUUGUUCACCUGUUUUGUGAUUUCCCUGGAAAAGAAAAAUGAAUUGUCAUAGCUAUUGAUAUUUUACUAGAUAAUAUUCUGUUAUGCUGAAAGCGAUGUUUUAAAGAAAUCUUAUUUGGAAACAAGUUUUGAAGUAAGGCAACAGUUGGUUUCAUAAUAUCUUGUGUAGUCAAUCUUAAAAUUUUCUGUUUGUGAGUAUGGGAUAUUUGUAUAUGGCUUAGCCCUCAGUUUACUGUGCUAAUUAACUGGUACUUACAAAAAUAGCUGGAACAGAAAAAUUUUCUGACCAGGUCAUACUAAAGAAACAUCAUAG